AUGAAUGAACCUAUUGAAAAUGACACUACUAUAAUCCCUUAUGACUUCGAAUUCCCAAUUAACCAAGCGGAAGAAGGUGAUGAGGACGAUUGUGAACUACCAGAAGAGUUAGCAAGAUUGCUGAAGCAGGAGGACAAAGAAAUUCAAUGUCAUCAGGAACCAGUGGAUGUGAUCAAUCUGGGGACUGAAGAAAACAAGAAAGAAGUUAAGGUCGGCGCUUCCUUGAAAGAUGAAGUCAAGAAAAGGUUGAUCGAUCUCUUACAUGAAUACUCAGAUGUGUUUGCCUGGUCAUACCAGGAUAUGCCGGGAUUAGACACGGACAUAGUCGUACACAAAUUACCACUCAAACCAGAAUGCCUGCCAGUUAAGCAAAAAUUGAGAAGAACCAGACCAGACAUGUCUCUAAAAAUCAGGGAAGAGGUCAGAAAACAACUCGAUGCUGGGUUCCUAGCUGUUGCAAAAUAUCCAGAAUGGAUGGCUAACAUAGUUCCUGUUCCAAAGAAAGACGGCAAGGUUAGAAUGUGUGUAGAUUAUCGGGAUUUGAAUAGAGCGAGUCCUAAGGACAAUUUUCCACUACCGCACAUCGACGUACUUGUAGAUAACACCGCUCAGUUCUCACUCUUCUCUUUCAUGGAUGGAUUCUCGGGUUAUAACCAGAUAAAAAUGGAUCCUGCAGACAUGGAGAAAACCACGUUUAUCACUCCUUGGGGCACCUUCUGUUAUAAGACUGAAGAGGAUCACAUAGUCAACCUACAAAAACUUUUUGAUCGUCUAAGAAAGUUCAAGUUACGUCUGAAUCCAGCAAAAUGUACUUUUGGGGUCAGAUCAGGAAAGUUACUAGGGUUCAUAGUCAGCCAGAGGGGAAUUGAAGUCGAUCCCGAUAAAGUGAAAGCUAUCCAAGAGAUGCCAUCCCCAAGGACGGAAAAGGAGGUUCGAGGAUUCCUAGGGAGAUUGAAUUACAUUGCUAGGUUCAUCUCACAUCUUACAGCUACAUGUGAACCAAUCUUCAAGUUACUCAGGAAAAAUCAAGCCAUCAAGUGGAACGAAGAUUGUCAAAAAGCCUUCGACAAAAUCAAGGAAUACCUGCAAGAGCCACCUAUCUUGGUACCACCAAUCCCUGGGAGACCACUUAUAAUGUACCUAACGGUACUUGAUAACUCUAUGGGAUGCGUAUUGGGACAACAAGAUGAGACUGGAAAAAGGGAGCACGCAAUCUACUAUCUAAGUAAGAAAAUUACCAAUUGUGAAUCCCGAUAUUCACUCUUAGAGAAGACUUGUUGUGCCCUAGUGUGGGCUGCUCGGCGGCUUAGACAAUAUAUGGUGUGUCAUACCACUCUAUUGAUAUCCCGAAUGGAUCCUAUCAAGUAUAUUUUCGAGAAGCCUGCAGUAACCGGGAGAAUAGCCCGAUGGCAAAUGUUACUAACCGAAUAUGACAUCCAGUAUGUCACACAAAAGGCCAUAAAAGGAAGUGUGUUAGCAGAUUAUCUUGCACAUCAACCAACAGAAGAUUAUCACCCUAUACAGUUUGACUUUCCUGACGAAGAUAUUAUGGUGAUAAAGGAUUGCGAGACCCCAGGUCCCGAUGAAGGACCUGAACCAGGAUCACGAUGGAAAUUGGUAUUUGAUGGUGCUUCAAAUGCAACCGGACAUGGAAUCGGAGCUGUCAUAACCUCCCCAACAGGGUACCAUAUUCCUUUCACUGCUAGGUUAUGUUUUACCUGUACGAACAACAUGGCAGAGUAUGAGGCGUGCAUCCUAGGGAUUAACGAAGCCAUUGACUUAAGAAUCAAGAUUCUAGAGGUAUAUGGAGAUUCAACUCUUGUUAUCAAUCAAAUCAAGGGAGAAUGGGGGACUCAUAAUGCUAAGUUAAUCCAGUACCGAGACCACGUCCGGAAGAUGAUUACUUACUUUGAUGAAAUUACCUUCAAUUAUAUUCCUCGAGAAGAGAAUCAACUAGCGGAUGCCUUGGCCACAUUAUCGUCCAUGUUCAAGGUCAAGUGGUAUAACGAGGCGCCAGCUAUAAGAAUUCAUCGGUUGGAUGAGCCUGCCUAUUGCGUAGCCGUAGAGGCAGAAGGAGAUAAUAAACCAUGGUUUCAUGACAUCAAAAAUUUCCUUCAGAAACAAGAAUAUCCCACGAACGCCUCCAGCGGUGAUAAGAAGACACUUAGAAGAUUGGCUUCCCAAUUCCUCCUUAAUGGGGAGCUAGAUGAAGCAGAAUGGGUGCAAACCAGGUUCGACCAACUAAAUCUCAUAGAAGAGAAGCGCAUGGCUGCAAUAUGUCACGGGCAACUGUAUCAACAAAGGCUUAAGAAAGCAUUCGACAAGAAAGUUCGUCCUCGACACUUUGAAGAAGGUGAUCUAGUUCUUAGGAAAGUCCUACCCAUCCAUAAAGAUCCCCGCGGCAAAUGGACCCCAAACUACGAGGGACCAUAUGUCGUGAAGAAGGCCUUCUCUGGAGGAGCUCUGAUUCUCAUGACUAUGGAUGGAGCUGAGUUACCACGAGCCAUAAACUCAGAUGCAGUUAAGAAAUACUAUGCCUAG